CGGAACCCUAAAUCUUGGUUUUCUCUGCGUCUCUUCCCUCACACCCGCCUUCUCUAUUGAUCUCGCUCUGGACGAUGGAGGAGCGCGGGAACGGGAAUCCCUCGUCCGACCCGCCACCACCAACGCCGGCGGAGGACGGAGAGGAGGAGACGAUGAUAGGGCCCGGGCCCGCCCUUCGCGCGCGAUCCAAGCGCCCUCUCCAGUUCGAGCAUGCCUAUCUCGACGUCCUUCCUUGCGCCCACAUGUACGAGAAAAGUUACAUGCACAGAGAUGUCGUCACGCACGUGGCCGUGUCGACUGCCGAUUUCUUUAUCACUGGAAGCGUUGAUGGGCACUUAAAAUUUUGGAAGAAGAAACCUCUAGGAAUUGAGUUUGCUAAACAUUUCAGAUCUCACCUUGGCCCUAUAGAAGACUUGGCUGUCAGUGUUGAUGGCUUAUUGUGUUGUACAAUCUCUAAUGACCGGUCUGUAAAGAUUUAUGAUGUUGUUAACUAUGACAUGAUGUUUAUGAUGCGUCUCCCAUUUGUUCCCGGUGCGGUUGAAUGGGUCUACAGGCAGGGGGAUGUCAAAGCUAAGCUUGCAAUUAGUGACCGACAUUCAGCUUUUGUUGGCAUAUAUGAUGUGCGCGCUGGUUCAAAUGAACCAAUCAUCUCCAAGGAGAUUCACAUGGGCCCCAUACGAGUAAUGAAGUACAACCACAUACAUGAUGUUGUGAUAUCAGCUGAUGCCAAAGGUGUCAUUGAAUACUGGUGUCCGGAUAAUCUCCAGUUUCCAGAAAAUGGUGUGAGUUUCAAAUACAAAACUGACACGAACCUAUUUGACAUUGCUAAGUGCAAGACAACUGUAUCAGCAAUUGAGGUAAGCCCAAAUGGUAGUCAGUUUGCUAUAACAUCUCCAGAUCGCCGGAUCCGUGUUUUUUGGUUCAAAACGGGUAAACUAAGACGUGUAUAUGAUGAGUCUCUUGAGGUGGCCCAAGAUCUGCAAAGAAGUGAUGCUCCUUUAUAUCGCCUUGAGGCUAUUGAUUUUGGGCGAAGAAUGGCUGUUGAGAAGGAAAUAGAGAAGACAGAAAAUGCUCCACAACCAAAUGCUAUCUUUGACGAGAGCUCUAACUUUCUUAUUUAUGCUACUCUCUUGGGAAUAAAAAUUGUCAAUUUGCAUACAAAUAAAGUUGCACGGAUACUUGGAAAAGUGGAGAACAAUGAUAGAUUUUUAAGAAUUGCUUUGUACCAAGGUGACAAGAGUAACAAAAAGGUUAGGAAGAUUCCUGCAGCAGCUGCAAAUGCUAAUGAGAGCAAAGAGCCCUUGACGGAUCCUACACUUCUUUGCUGUGCUUUUAAGAAACAUAGAAUUUAUUUGUUCAGCCGUAGAGAACCUGAAGAACCUGAAGAUGCAACAAAGGGACGGGAUGUUUUUAAUGAAAAACCACCUCCUGAAGAGCUUUUAGCUGUAUCGGACCUAGGAAAAGCUGUCACAUCAUCCCUUCCUGAUAAUGUGGUGCUGCACACAUCACUUGGUGAUAUUCACUUGAGAUUGUAUCCUGAAGAGUGCCCAAAAACUGUGGAGAAUUUCACAACUCAUUGUAAAAAUGGUUAUUAUGAUAAUCUCAUCUUCCAUCGUGUAAUAAAAGGAUUCAUGAUACAGACAGGGGAUCCCUUGGGUGAUGGCACUGGUGGACAAUCUAUAUGGGGAAGGGAAUUUGAAGAUGAGUUUCAUAAAAGCUUACGACAUGACAGACCUUUCACAUUAUCAAUGGCAAAUGCUGGGCCAAAUACCAAUGGUUCUCAGUUCUUUAUUACCACAGUGGCUACCCCAUGGCUGGAUAAUAAGCAUACUGUUUUUGGCAGAGUUGUCAAGGGGAUGGACGUUGUUCAGGGAAUAGAGAAGGUUAAGACAGAUAAGAGUGACAAGCCUUAUCAGGACGUGAAGAUAUUGAAUGUUACAGUUCCUAAAUUGUAGAUUUUGAACUGUUCAUUGUAGCAAGGGAAAUCGGUGAUAAAGUGGACGACGCACUAAAGGAAAGAUUCUACUGCUGUCCUGUUGGUCCGCUUGGACGAUCAGAAAAUCUGGAUGUCAUUUAUAUUUGAUGUUGUUUAUUAAGUUGGAAUUAAAUUGGCUUUCUUUAACUGUACAAGUGGAGAGCCUUAUUAAAGCUCUCAAUCUCGUUAAAUGCAGUGAGUGCUACCCAUUUUUGUUACUCCACUGGUUUUAGGUACAAAAGAUUCCGCUGACGAAUAGUAAAACUAUUUGGCUGCUGUGGAUGUAAAGGCUAAGUGCUGGUUUCUGUUGUUGAUAAUUUAACGUCUGUAGUUUCUGCAA